GGUUAUAGCUUGUAGGGCUCGGACGUUGCUGGAACAUGACUACUUCUACGGAACCGCCUUACUAUCUCUUGGUCUCCCAUUCAUCUCUUCAGCACAGCUCAGGUCUUAGUUCCAGUUCCCUCGUGCACGCAAGCGUAGAAUAUCGCUAUGCGGAUGACUCGCCUUUGAUACUGUUGUCGCGUCAUCCUGACGAGCAUGUCCUUGUGCUGAAUCAUGAUCCAGCGAAGGGAGAUAUACCAACAGUGCAGAGCACUUCUAGUCAUAUGGCUGUGACGGGCGUUAAGGUGUCCGUGGCACCUGGCGCCAGCGCCAACGAGGACCACAGCACGAACGACAAUAUGUAUGUUUUAGAAGUUGCGUCCACUUCUGACGACCACUUGAGCAUGGAGUCAUCCCAUGCCUACUUGCAGAAUCCUCAAGCAAUAGUCGCUCGAUUCAAACAGAGAAAUGCGGUCCUGCGUUGCGUCUUCGAUUAUCCCGGAAUCGGAAAGGCUGGUGAUAUCCUACCAUCUCGGUCUAGCUCACGUCCCAAGUCACCGGGUCGCUUGACGUAGAUUCACGCAUGUAGUACCACAGUUACUUCUCCCCCUCUAUGAGAGAAAUGUAGGAAUCUAUACAUCAUCGGCGUUUAUUGCCUUUACCACCUUUCCGUUGUUGAAGCGUUGAAGGGCCUGCAUUGGACUUUACAACAGGCGUGUUUGCUUUCGAUUCCUCGCCAGCAGAAUUUGCAGAAAGAAGAGCAGAUAGCCUGUUGUAGAUAGGCAUGUCAACUCGUGGGUUGCAUAAAAUGGUUACAUACCCUCUGGGAUCACCACUUUGGAUGGACUUCUCAGCCUUCCCUUGCUGUCCUUUCAGUCCGUCAAGUGUUUCUGGGUCCAAUUGUUUCAUGAUGUAGGGCAUUGCUAGC